GAGAGAGAUCACCUUCGUAAUGAGCGCGCAAACGUGCUUGGAGACUGCAGCUGUUGCGUGGGGAGGUCCCUGCUGCGCGUCUACCUGUCGGAUCCACGCGCCGAUCGUGGAUCUGCUCCUCCAAAACGCAAAAUGUUUCCAAGGCUACUUUUCCCCGCUUGGCUGCUCUUCGUCCACGCACCGCCGGUCUGCCGUGGAUUUAACAUAGACGAACGCUUCCCCGUGAUCAAAGAGGGCAAAACCAAAGGCAGCUUCUUUGGAUUGUCCGUGGCCAUGCACGAACAGACAGAGGGCUCAAGGAAAUACCUGCUUCUAGCGGGAGCGCCCAAAGAAAAAGCCUUAGCAUUGACGAACGUCAGUGAAACAGGUGCUGUCUACUCCUGCCCCGUUACCACGGAUGCCUCGGACUGUUCCAGAUUGGACCUUGUCAGCUCAACAAACCCGUCCGAGAUGGUGGAGGGCAUGUGGCUGGGCGUGACUGUGGCCAGUCAGAGACUACGGUCGGCCGGCCGCAUACUGGCAUGCGGCCAUCGCUACGUCAAGAUCGUACGAAGCGGCACCGAGCAGCAGCGCCGGAUGAUAGGAAAGUGCUACGUGAGGAGCAAUGACCUGACCUUCGACCCCAACGAUGACUGGCAGACUCACACCUACGAGGUGUGCAACCCCACUUUCGACAUGGAGGUUGAAGGCAUGUGCAACAUGGGCAUCUCGGGCGGCAUGACGGAGAACGAGAUGUACAUGGGCAGUCCGGGCAGCUACGUGUGGCAAGGAAAUGUCCACGUAAUAUGGAGAAAUCCUGAUCCUGCCAAUUCAUGGGACUCCUUUAACAAAGACUUUGGAUCGCUGAAAAAACAAUAUAAACUCUACUAUAUGGGUUAUUCCGUUCUUGAAGAGAAGGGCUUGCUGAGCAUUGACAAGUACACGGUGGUGACGGGCGCUCCCAGGUAUGAGUCCAAGGGUUCUGUUGUCCUCGCGGUGAAGUCUGACAACAACAUCGAGCCGGUGCUCAUCAUCCCCGGGGAGCAAGUGGGCUCGUAUUUUGGCAGCAGUCUGGCUGUCACAGACCUCAACAACGACAAUUGGAACGACUUAAUUGUGGGUGCCCCGUUUUAUUUUGACCGCAUGAAGGAUGAGGGAGGAGCGGUUUAUAUCUAUAUGAACGAGAACGGAUCGUUCCAGAAGACUCCUACCAUGAUGCUCAAGGGCCCUGCGUCGUCUGCAUUUGGCAACGCGGUGGCCGCCAUCGGUGACGUCGAUCAGGAUGGAUUCCAAGACUUUGCAGUCGGAGCUCCGUUCCAUGGCACAGGCAAGGUCUACAUAUGGAUGGGAAGUAAAGAGGGAAUCUCAGAGGAGCCCAGCCAGGUGAUUGAGGGCAAGUCUGUGGAUAACGGAGGGUUCAAAACAUUUGGCUACUCCAUCAACGGAGGGAUGGACAUGGAUGACAACAACUAUCCCGACAUUUUGGUGGGCUCGCUUGACGACCGCAUCGCCCUGCUCAGGACUCGGCCAGUCGUGCACUUAACGAAGGGGUUUAAUGUGGAGCCAAAGAUUGUGGAUCCUAAUCAGUGCCAAGGGAAUACACCGUGCAUCGUGGCCGCUCUCUGCAUGUCUUUCACCCUAAGCAACGGCAACAAAAACUUCAAGAAAAACAUCACGGUGAAGUACACAGUGGAGGCCGACAUAGAGAGGAGAAGAAGCCCGCGGGUUCGUUUCCAGGACAACGAUGAUAACUCAUAUACAGGCCUGCUGACCCUGCCAGCCAACAAGUCCCAGUGUCAUCGUCUCAACUUGAAUGUUGUGGGAAUUGUGAGGGACAAACUGGAGCCAGUGGUCUUCUCCGUCAACAUGUCCUUAGAUGAACAAAAACCCAAAUUGAGACGCUCCAUUCAGAACCUGGACUCAUUCCCCAUUCUCAGUCACGACCAGAAACUCACCCAAAGAACCGAGAUUAACUUCCAGAAGGAGUGUGGCUCGGACAACAAGUGCAGCAGUAACCUGCAGCUGACGGCUCAUUUUGCUGACAACAAGGAAAACCCGUUCCCCAGGCAGGACAAAUCCCAAGUCCUUCAAUUCAACAGCAGUAUGAAGAUAAUCAGGCUGAUGGUGGAGGUGACCAACUUUCCUACAAGGGGGAAAGUGGCUGAGGACGCCCACCAGGCCACGCUCAACGUCACCAUCCCUGAUGCUCUCAAAUACUCUGGCGUCAGGUCCCAGGACCAUGAUGUCGAAUGUCGUUUUGAAGGCAAUGUCCUUUGUGAAUUGGGGAAUCCACUCAAAGGCAAGGAAAAGGUGUCACUCGCCUUGAGGUUGGAGACGUCAGGCAUAGAUCUGUACACGCAGGAGAUCCAGUCUCAGCUGCUUCUGUCCACUCUCAGUGAGCAGAGUGACCUGUUUCCUGUGCCUGUAACCCUGCUGAUCGAGAACACCAUCAUUCCUUCCUUUUCCAUAGAGAACGCGCUCGUUCAGACCAAAUUUGGCGGGACGGUGAUGGGUGAGUCGGCCAUGGUGAACAGCAGCGACGUGGGCAGUCUGCUUGAGUUCACCUUCAAUGUCAACAUGAGGGGGCCGCCCCUAGGGGACUUGGGGACCCUGGCUGUGGAGUUUGAGUGGCCCUUUGAGGUGUCCAACGGGAAGUGGCUCCUGUACCUGACUCAGAUCAUCGUUCAGGCGCAGUCUGAGAGUGAAUGUCAACCGCCUGGAGAUGUCAUCAACCCUCUCAACCUAACUCUGUCAGAAAGUACAUCCAAACGUGUGAAACGCCAAAUCGGGGCGGACCAUCCAGACGAUAUGACCCCGCCUCAGAUUGUUGAGCCGCAGGCCACCCUCACGCUGCUCACGCCACGAAAAGAAUCACAUCUGUUGGAAUGCUCCUCGGGCACGGCGCGAUGCGUGACCUUUACGUGUCCUUUGUUGAACAUGAGCAACUCUGCCAAGAUUCAUGUCCGCGCUCGUUUGUGGAACAGCACUAUGCUCGAGGACUUCGCCAAUGCUUUGUGGAUUAAAGUUGUAGGUGAAGCCACACUGAAACUCAUUACAGACAGACCCACCCUUAAAAUGGAAAGGCAGACCACCAUGUUCACAGUGGACAUAGAACCAGUUGAGUGGGUAGAGACGCCCUAUGAACUUCCGGUGUGGAUCAUCAUCUCUGCCGUCGUAGCUGGAGUUCUACUUCUAGGAAUCAUCAUUAUUAUACUUUGGAAGUGUGGCUUCUUCCAGAGGGCCAGCAGGAGGGAGAUGUAUGAGGCCAAAGCCCAGAAGGCUGAGAUGAAGAUCCAGCCCUCUGAGACAGAGAGGCUCACUGAGGACUACUGAGACCCACUAUGGGUCCACAACUGCACACACCAGUGGGGCUUUUUGGCUUGGAUUCUUCAAGCGAUCCCUCUACUACCGGAUAAUGCCAAAGCACCGCGGGGUGAAAAUUUGCAAGGCCGAUCGCUAUCGGUUCAACACUGGAUUUGAGCCAGAGGAGCCACACAAAAAGUAUUGGACCACCAACUGGACAGAAAUGCAGCAUUUCUACUACUGAGGCCCUUACUUUACAUCCCUCAGCCACUGACUGACAUGGGCCAAAGGAAAUAACAUUUGGAACAAGUCUGGACCAACUGUGGAUAAAAAUGCGUAGAUUUUAUUUAAUUUUUUUCCCCCGUCGAUUUCUCAGUGCAAUACAUUGAACAUUUUUGUCUCUGCGAUUGUAAUUGUUGAGUAUUCUUACUGACUGCAGUGUUGUGAAUUGAAUAUUGUCACUUUCAGGACGUCAUUUUGAUGUUAUGAAUUUGGUGCGAUAGCUUUUAAUGGCUUUCUUUUUAUUUCCACAUGUUGAUGUUUUUUUUUGUUUUUUUUUACACCAAAUCACCCGUGAAUUUUUUGUUUUAGUAAAUACAGUGGUGCCUUGCAAUACGAGUGACCCAAGUUACAAGUUUUUCAAGAUAUGAGCCAUCGUUCGCCCGAUGGAUUAAUGGCAUUUCCGUUCAUUUCACUGGGGAAAGCUGAUUUGAGAGGUGGUUAUGGGGAAAAAAAAAAAAACUUGUAUCUCAAAGCACUACUGUAUUUGUGCUUCUCUGUCAUUGCUAUGAGUUGUAAGCAAUGUCUUUUUUGCCCGCUGCAGUUUUUUUUUGUUUUUUUUUUAAUAUAAAUAAUCAGUCUCUUGCACUUACUUAUGCCUUAUGAGUUCAUUUUCAAUGGAUUUUUUGUUGUUGUUGUUUUUGUUUUUCUUUCAGGGACUGCAGACGGUACUAAUGAGGGAACCGAGUAUUGCAUUGUCUCACUGGGCUGGGGAUGUUUUUAAUCGCGAGGCCCUGACUUGAUGACUAUUUAUUACAGUCUUGUCCAAACACAGCAGGAGAUCCGUUUAACUAUAUGGAUGAUCUCACGCAGGGAGUCACAACACUGGAUUCAAUCAUGCUUCAUGUUGUGAUCAACUGGACAAUGCGUGGCUAUGUUAUAAACGUUUCAUUGACUACUCACUGGACACUUCUAACUCCAUUCAACACAAGUGUAAAUUAUUAUUGUUGAUGUAAUUUUGCAUUCGUUGACAACAGAACUGUGUUAUACUGAUAUUUUGCCUCUUUUAAAGUAUGUUAACAGAAAAAUUACAUGGCAUUGUGCUAAUGUAGUGGUCAGUGAGUGGAUGUCAUUUGUUGUGUAUAUUUGUACGGGACUUUGGGAUGCCGUCCAAGGCUUUUGGGUGGCUUUCAGCACUAAAAAGCAGCUUGGACUAAGAAGACAUUGAUUCAGUCGUCUCUGGUGGGACUAAAUGUUGCCUCGCUGCUUUUGCUCAUGUUACCUGAGAGCUGCCAGGUAUUCUUCUGUGACACUGAGAACUGCAGAACUUAACAGAGGCCCCUUUGACUCCUCAGGAUGGGAGAGGGGAAGGGCUAAAAUGCACAAUCUGUGCUCUGAUUUAAUUUUAUUUUUUUUAAUAUACUGUGCAGUUUUAACGUAAUUAAAUUGUUUAGAACAUG